UGCUGCUAACAAAUGCUGCUUGCUAGGGCAUUUAUCAUUGCUGCCGAGGGUCAAAAGUUUGGGGAUGUUCUUUAAUGAUAGGAUAUUUGCUGUGCUUUAGGCGAUUUUUUUUUCAAAAAGGCUGGAGUUUGUCGUUUACUGGAACGGCAGGAUUUAAAAGGGUUUUUGAAAACCGGGUUGGAAUAUCGUGCCUUGCCUUUUUCACACUUUUAUCUUGUUAGCUGUCUUUUAGAGCAGUUGUAUGAAGUGACUGAGAGCAGAGAGUGUUCCUGGAGCGGAGAUAAGGGCCGGUGUCGGGUAAUGUUGUUGCAGUGUGGUGUGAAAUAGGAGCGUUUGCAAAGAGGGGCUUGGAUGCGUUCCCUCUGUGCGGCACCAUGCUGGUCGUGUGGAAACGGGAGCUUGUGGAAAUCGGGGGGCACGGGCGGUCCGAGUCACGGCAAGCUGCGCUUUGUAAGGGUAGUGUGCAGUUUAGCAAACAAACAAACAAAAAAAAAAUGUAUCUUGCUCUCAACAGGUUCUUUGGCUUUGCUUUCCGAUUCAUUUCUAUGCAGAUGAAUACUCGAUGACAAAAAUUUUGCUAUGUGGGUUGUCCUUUUCCUGCCAUCGCUUUCUGCUCCUGCGGUGCAGCUUUCUCAUUUGCCUGCAACUGGGAAUAUUCUGCUUUGUUGUGAAAGAUUUCCUGACUGCAGGAGAGGACAACAUCAAGCAAGACGAACAGUCAGAGCAGGAGUUGCCGAUGCCUUUGGGAAGGAGAUCUCUCUCUUCCAUGUUCCUGCUGUAGAAAAUCCAGUCAGUGCUUUAUUUGGGAUAAAAGAAUAUCCUUUGGGAUAUUUUUUCACUUUCCCAAAGAAAUAUUUCCCAAAAUUCUUGAGACAGGAAUACUGUGAAUUAUUUCUUGGUGUGUUACCUAACUGUUCCCAUCCUCUUGCUGAAAAAAAACAGAUGAAUGUCCCUGAAGCCGGUAUCUAGCUGAACAUCCCAUACGUUGUGUCGCUGCUUUUGUGUAACUUCUGGCCUUUUUUUAACGCUUUCCUGUGAGAUCUGGUGUGAGAAGGAAACAAGACUCUUCCUGGCUCACUUAGGGAACGAACCAGAUUCCCGUUUGCAGAAAGCCUUGCUGUUGGUGUGUGUGCCAGGCAGAGCAGAGCCGAUGGUUCGGAUCACAAGGAAACUCAGCUUGGUAGCGGAGUGAGUGAAUUUGAUAAUCAAAUGAUAAAGUCGUUUCCAGCCCAUGACAGCUCAGCCUAAGCGAGAGCUUUUUCAUGGUGAAAGGCGCAGCCCUUUUCUUGCAACAAGGAAACACCUCCCAGGGCCAGCGAAGUCUCCAGCAUCCUCACAAACAUGCAGGUGAUUUGCCCCAGCACCUCCAGGUGAUGAUCAACCUCCUUCGCUGCGAGGAUAGGAUCAAACUGGCUGUCCGUUUGGAAAGUGUGUGGACAGACAGAGUCCGGUACAUGGUGGUUGUGUACAGCAGCGGACGACAGGACACAGAAGAGAAUAUUCUGCUGGGUGUGGAUUUCUCCAGCAAGGAGAGUAAAAGCUGCACUAUAGGAAUGGUUCUUCGUCUGUGGAGCGAUACUAAAAUCCAUCUUGAUGGCGAUGGUGGCUUCAGUGUGAGCACUGCAGGGAGAAUGCACAUCUUCAAGCCAGUGUCGGUGCAAGCCAUGUGGUCGGCGUUACAGAUCCUCCAUAAAGCCUGCGAAGUUGCAAGAAGGUACAACUACUUCCCAGGUGGGAUGGCUUUGGUCUGGGCCACGUACUAUGAAAGCUGCAUCAGCUCCGACCAGAGCUGCAUCAACGAGUGGAAUGCGAUGCAGGACCUGGAGUCCACCCGCCCCGACUCUCCAGCCCUCUUUGUUGACAAGCCAACUGAAAGGGAACGAGCAGAACGGCUCAUUAAAGCCAAACUCCGGAGCAUCAUGAUGAGCAAAGACCUGGAAAAUGUGACUUCUAAGGAGAUACGAAACGAGCUGGAGAAGCACAUGAAUUGCAACUUGAAAGAAUUCAAGGAAUUUAUAGACAAUGAAAUGCUGCUUAUCCUGGGUCAGAUGGACAAACCAUCCCUGAUUUUCGAUCAUUUAUACCUGGGGUCUGAGUGGAAUGCCUCCAACCUCGAGGAGCUGCAGGGCUCGGGCAUUGACUACAUUUUGAAUGUGACCAGGGAAAUUGAUAAUUUUUUCCCCGGUUUGUUUGCCUAUCACAAUAUCCGAGUGUAUGACGAGGAGACGACAGACCUCCUGGCUCACUGGAACGAGGCGUACCACUUUAUAAAUAAGGCCAAGAAGAAUCACUCCAAGUGCCUGGUGCACUGCAAAAUGGGUGUGAGCCGCUCAGCGUCCACUGUUAUAGCUUAUGCGAUGAAGGAAUUUGGCUGGUCGCUGGAAAAGGCCUAUAAUUACGUGAAGCAAAAACGCAGCAUUGCAAGACCAAACGCAGGCUUCAUGAGACAGCUUUUGGAAUACGAAGGCAUUUUAGAUGCGAGCAAGCAGCGCCACAAUAAGCUGUGGAAGCAGCAGGCAGAGAGCAACCUACCCCAGAACACAGACGGCACCACGGCGUCGGGCGACUUCUUACUCGAGAGCUUAGACAUCGACCUAGAGAACCGCCUGGCUGACCUGGACACGCCUUCGCAGUCAGCGUAUCUGGACAACCGCGCCGGCACAGAGGUGUCUGUGGGGUUCAAUUACUGCUUCCGUCGCCUCUCGGACACGCUGCUGGAGAACAAGAUUCCUGGUGACAGGGAGGGCUUUUUCCACGUGGAGGAGCUGGAGCGGGAUGCGCUUGCGGAGCGCGCUGCCUCGCUGGUGGGACAGUCCCUGUCUGCACCGUCAGAGGGGAGGCUGCUGGAGACGGCAAAAGCCCUGGAGACUGCAGAGCCGCUGGCGGAGCUGAGCAGUUUCAGCGAGAAGGAGGUGAAGAAGAAACUGGACUUCAGCCCCAGGAAGGGAAGGAUAGUGCUAGGCCCCAGGGACCCAGGGGAGGAUGGUGUCAGGGAGGAAAAUCCGAUGGAGAAGUGGAAACGGCGUUUGUCCAUGCACAAGGAGGAGAGCAGGCUUAAUAGAGAGAACUUGAAUAACAACAACAGCAAAAGGAGUUGCCCAGAGGAUUUUGAGCACGAUGCCGUGUUUGGGAUCCUCAGUAAGGUCAAGCCUUCCUAUCAGUCUUGCGCUGACUGCAUGUAUUCCUCGGCCAGUUUGUCUCCCGACUCCUUUGGGGAGCAGUGCGAAAAGCUGAACCCCAGCACUGCACGUCGCACCACCACCACCAUCUGCACGCAGCCGGCCCUCCUCUCCCACAUCAAUUCCAACCUGGUGGACCACCUGCCCAGCAAGGUGCACUCAGAGGAAGCAAUCAGAACUAAAAAUAACGAGGCCGCGCUUCCUCUGUCGGCAGGAGCUGGUGCUUUGGAGGCUGCCGCUUGCAAAUCGCUUGAUCAACACUGCAGCAUUUUGGAAAAAGGAAAAGACGCACCAAAAACCCCGGUCAAAACUCUGCUGCCCAGGAGAAACUCACACUGUGACAAGAGCCUCCUUAACGCAGAAGUGGUAAAAGAGGAGUCUCUGGCCAGAAGAGAGAGCAAACCUACCAAGGAUCUGAAGUAUUUGUUGUUCAGCAAAGACUUGGAAAAGUCAAGUGCAAACAGUUACUUGAUGCAGCAUCAGGAGUCUCUCAUUCAGCUGCAGAAAGCAGGCUUGGUCAGGAAGCACACCAAAGAGCUGGAGCGGUUGAAAAGCCUGCCGUCGGACGCCUCGUCGCUGCUCAGAGAGAGCCCCCUGAGCAGAGCCGACUCCGGCAUUGUGGAGGAAAGCGAGGAUUUGAUUUCACAUCACGGCCUUGUACCUCUUCUGCGACCCACACCGCUGAUACCCGAAGACGCAGAGAACGACGUGGAGAAGUUAGAGGUGAAACGCGUCUUGGAGGGGAUCUCUCAGAAAACCUCCACGCCUGUCAUGUGUCGGCUGGAGCACACAAGCAGUUUCACCAAGGACUUCCUGAAGACCAUCUGCUACACCCCGUCCUCCUCCCGGAGCUCCAACCUGACGCGUAGCUCCAGCAGCGACAGCAUCCACAGCGUGCGGGGCAAGCCCGGCCUGGUGAAGCAGCGAACUCAGGAAAUUGAGACCAGGCUGCGCCUGGCUGGCUUGACUGUGUCUUCUCCUCUGAAAAGGUCCAAUUCUCUCGCCAAGCUAGGAUGUCUUAACUUGUCCUCUGAGGACUUAUCGAGUGACAUGGAUGUGUCAACCAUAACGGACUCCAAAGAGGCCGUUUCAAGCGAGUCUUCCGUGCUCUGUGAGCCACAAUCCACGCUGAGGAGCGCAGACGUCACCUCCAAACUGGCAGCGAAGCCAGCGGUCGGAAACUUGAAGAGCACGCUUUGGAUGGGCAAAAGUUGAUGCCUUCUGUGGGAGGAGCGGGGGGUGGAUUCCUGGUUUUUUAUGGCACUUACUCAUUGCACCGAUGCAGUUUUAUCAUCUGACUUGCUGUAGUUCAUCUGAUGCCACCUCCUCUUCCCCUCCUUGUACUUUAAGUGGGGAGAAAAAAUAAAAAACCCAUAAUGGGUCACGAUGAAUGGCACGAGGGAAAAUAAAAUGUAUUGCAUGGCUUAGAAGAGGACUUUGUGUGUGACUUGCCUGUUGUCCUGCAGGAUGCUAUUCCUAGUACUGUUUGCCAAGUAUAAUAAUGUGUUUCUGUGUGUGUGUGUAUAUAUAGAUAGAUAUUUGUAUCUGUUUAUCUAUCUAUAUAUAUAAAAUGCUGAAAUAUUCUGUUUCAAAGACUCAACAAAAUAAUUAGUCAUGACUUCUUUUUUUACAGAACAAGCACAAGUCUCUAGUUAAAACAGGGCACUUGUGGAAAAAUCCUUAAAAUGGUGACAUGAACACUACCUCUGUUCUUGCUGAUGUUUAGUCUUGGUUUGUUGUUGGUUGGUUGGGGUGUUUUUUAAAAAAAAAAAGGCUUUUCCCCACAAUAUUUACUGUUGUUUGAAGGUAUUCCCUUAACUGUAAAAGCCUGGAGGAGUACGGAGCCAGGGGCUUUCCCGCACCGAGUGACCUAGCUGUGAAGUGAAGGAGUGUCAAGCUGUGUUCGUGUUGACUGUGUGACCCGCUGGCUUCGUCCGUCUUCGCUGCGUGACCGGGUGAAUUGUCAUAGUCUCGUGUGACACCCAGGCUGCGUCGCUGUCGCAGGCUUACGCUCCCCUGGGGAGGAGUCUUGUUCUUUGGGUGUUUUUGCUGUCGUCGUGGUUUGUAAUGUCCCAGUACUCAUGACGAGCCUGGCCAGUAAGUGACCGUGGACCCUAGUGAAGCUUUGUGUAACGCUGUGUCGGUGUUGUGGAUCCUGUGUUGGGGACCCUUCUUCAUCGGGCUGUCGGUGGCGCACCGUGCCGGCGAGAUGGCCCAAGAGGGACGGCUCUCCUGGUGCCCCACGCGUGCGAAAUCCCCGUAGGCAAUAGGCGAACGUGGGUCUUCUCUGAUUAUCGCUGUUGGGUUUGGUGGAACGGUUCCUGCGUCCUUGGUUUGCCGGCAGCCUGGGAAGCCGGUGUCGAAGCCCAAGGGGUUAUUUGUGCUGGGUGACAGGAGGCCGGGCGGCCCCGGAGCGGGGAGCCGGGGUGUACGUGUCCCAGCUCUUGCAGGGCUGCAGCAGCCUCCUGCCAGGGCUGCCAGAGGCGUAAAUCCCGCUCCCGGGGCGAGCACUCAAACAGAAAUACGGGCUCGCUCCAAGGAGAGAGGGCUGUUGGCGGUGUGGGUGAGAUCCUUUGGAGGAAAGCUGGCGUGACCUGCAGGGAGGACACCGGGGCUGCCCCGCGCUCUCCCUCGGCGAGGCGCCCGUGGUGCUGCGUGCUCAGCAGCGGUCGCAGCCAAGGAAGCGCGUCCCUUCCCACGCCGGAGGCUGGCUCCCGGGGACCGGGCUCAGACCGGCCUUACCGCGUGCUGCUCCUCUUGCUGCCCUGCUGGGCGAGAUGCUUGAAACGCAGAGUCCACCGAUGCUGUAUGAAAUACACGUUUUCUUAGAAUACUUUGGGCAGCCAGGCAGGCCGAGAACUGCGAGGUGCGCUGGCCACGUCAGGAGGGAAGAGCUUGAGAAGUGUGUAGGGGACGUGCUCCAAACCUUGGUGCUCUCCGAGUCCCAUCUGAAACCUGGCUGCUUGUGCCUUCAGUCGGGGGGUAUCGUGAAGCAGGCUCGGGGGUCAAAACAGACCUUGGGGGUCAGCGAUGGCAAACGGAUGGAUUUGCUUGUUUAGCAACCAGGCUGUGAGUGCGAGCUCUCCUGCAUUUUAUCAGCUCCAUCGAAAGCCGUUCUUAAAAAUCCCCUCCCUGAGGUGGGGGUGAGAGCAGGGCUGCGAGCAAUCGUUCCGAGUCUGUAUUAACCGAAAAGCCGCUGCCUUGAGAAAGGGAGCCACGUGUUUUACUGUCCUAAAUGCCCAGACUUUACAUGUUUUUCCUUGAGCAUACGACCCCACAUUUUUAUCUUAACAGUGUGAGGAAUUGUAGGGACUGGCAAUCAGUAAAUAAAUGUCCCUCCUUAAAGAGUCUUAAAUUUGAUGUACGCUUUUAGCUUAAGGCACACUUCCCGUUUCACCCACGAGAGCUGUUUUGAAGCAAAAGCUGCUACGUGAGGGGACCCUGGAAAAUGUGCACAAGUCUUUGUGGCUUAGGGCUGAGAAAACGCGAGGUCGUGCCUAGAGGAGGACUGAAAUACCCUCUGCCCCGUCAGCAUACCGUGGGUGCACAUGCAAGUCCAGAUCUACUGCAAUAAAUUUCCUAUAUUCAGCGCUGCAGACGCUUCCCAUCGCUGCCUGGCCAAGGGAAGAAGCGAGGGGGUCGGAUUUGAAUAAAUUCAGAAAAAUUCCGUUAACUGAUGCAAGGAGACGUAUGUAUUUCCUUCCUGUUUUGAGUGCCUGCCGAGUUCUGCUGCGUACAAACCCCUGCUUUCCCGGGCCGUAGCUCGGCGCCGACCACCUCCCACCCUGCCUGUCGCUCAGACUCGGCUCUCGCCAGACCAACCCCACCGCUUUGCUCAUCGGGCUCGGGGCUCCGUCGCUGCAUCGUCACGAUGCUGUCGGGAUAGAGACAUGGUUUGGUGGGAGUCGGUCUCGAAGCCAACGUGCGCUAGAAGCACUAGUGUGCCAUUUCGAAGGUUUUUGUAGCCAAACCUGUGAUGCUUGCAGACUUCAUUAGAUUUGUUGCAUGAGAAGGUAGAUGUGUUUGUCCUCUCCCACGUAUUGUAAUUGUUCUUUUACAAUUGAGUGCCUUAAUAAUAGUUUACAAAUACUGUGUAUUUAUGCUGAGCUGUUAAACUCUGCUGUUUGCUGUUGGGUUUGGUUGGGGUUUUUUUGGUGCUUUUGGUGUUUCCGGUGGCAGCGAGACCGUUACUACUUCUGCGUAUCGACCUCCCGUCCCCGCUGAGCGCAGCGCUGCUAACCACUUCCCUUCUGCUCUGUACACGGCCAAACCAAAGGGCUGCGAUCAGCCACCGCCGUGUCGGCUGCAGCUCCCGGUGCCCCCAUUUAUCUAUGCAUUGCUGCAGAAACACGGACGGGGGGAUGUCCGGGAGCCGUCCCAUCGACGCCCAGCCGCGCUUUGCUCAGCGGAUUGCCGGGCGUGAAUCCAAACCUAGUCCCGUCCUGCCAGAAAACCCGAAAUGCACAAAACUGGCACCUUAUUUUCCAGUCCAGGCUUUGUGGGUCUGUGUGAUAGCAAUAGCCGUGGUGUCCUUUCCGUGAAGGUGUUGUCUGGCUCGGUCCUGUCCCGCCAUCGUCCGCUCUCUGCCGGGGAACCGGCCCCUGAUCCGGCGGGCGCAGACCGUCCCGGUCAGACCGAGACCGCAGGCGUGGAGAGGAGGGGUGGGUGAGUAACGUGUAGCUGUUCCCGUGCAUUGCUGUACUCUGUGAUAACAAGAUUUCUUUUAUUUCAUGGUAUUUCUUAAUUCUGGUUUUAUAUUUAAAUAUGCAGUAUCUUUUGUACUGUACGUUUGCGGUAGGGGAUGCAUAAUGCACUUUUUUUUACUUUGGUUUGUAAAAAUGUACUGUAUAUUUUAUGUGCUUCUUGUGAGAAAAAAAAUAAACUUUUUUGUUUUCCUUU